AUGCUACGCUGGCCGAAAUUAGUGCCGGUGUUCCGACGAUGGGCUCACACCGUCCCGAAACAUUUGCAGUCGAUGCCGACCGAGCGGGAUCCACCAUUUUCCAAGAUGGUCGAAUACAGCUUCCACAAGGCCUGUCUGGUGCUCGAGAAUCAGCUGAUCGAAUCGAUGAGCAAAUACCCGACGAUGAGUGCGGAGAAGCGGGUCAGCCGGGUCCAGGCGAUCCUGAAAAUCAUCUCCAGCAACUCGAAUACACUGCAGUUCCAAUUUCCCUUCCGACGCGACAGUGGCGACUACGAGAUGGUUACAGCCUUCCGAUCACACCACUGUCUACACCGGUUACCGGUCAAAGGGGGCAUCCGGUUCUCGCAGGACGUAUGCCAGGACGAGGUGGAAGCCCUGGCCGCCUUGAUGACGUUCAAGUGUGCCUGCGUCAACGUUCCGUUCGGAGGAGCAAAGGGAGGCAUCAUCAUAGAUCCGGCCAAGUACAGCGAGAAAGAACUGCAAGGCAUCACGCGGCGCUACACGGUCGAGCUGGCGAAAAAGAACUUCAUCGGGCCAGGGAUCGAUGUGCCGGCCCCGGACAUGGGUACAACGUCCCGCGAAAUGUCUUGGAUAGCGGAUCAGUAUGGCAAGACGUUUGGCCACCGGGACAUCAACACGAUGGCGGUCGUAACGGGGAAACCACUCAACCAGGGCGGUAUCCGUGGCAGGACCGAAGCCACCGGCAAGGGUGUCUACCUAGCGACCAACUGUUUUAUGCGCGAGGCGACAUGGAUGCGAGAGGUGGGCCUCGAACCGGGCCUGGAGGGCAAGACGGUGAUCGUGCAGGGAUUCGGAAACGUCGGACAGCACGCAGCAGAGCACUUCCAACGGGGAGGCUGCAAAGUGAUCGGUAUUAUCGAACGCGACGUUUCGUUGCACUGCCCGACCGGCAUCGACAUCAAGGCGCUCGUACGAUACAAAACCGAAAAGAAGACCCUCAAAGGCUACCCCAAGGCGAACGCGUUCAGUGGAGAUCUGCUGCUGGAGCAGUGUGACAUACUGAUUCCGGCCGCGGUGGAGAAAUCCAUACACUCCGAAAACGCCAAGCAGAUCAAGGCCAAAGUGAUUGCCGAAGGAGCGAACGGACCAACAACACCGGCCGCCGAUAAAAUACUACAAGAUCGCCGCAUUCUCGUCAUUCCCGAUCUGUACUGCAAU